AUGCACCGUCAAGCAGCCAGUCACAACCAGCUUUCCAACUCCAUAUCCAAUCCCCCUUUUCUUAGCUUUUUGAUUACCCUAACCUCGAAAAUGGGAAGUCGAACUGAAUUGGACAUCGAAGCAAUGAAAACCACCAGUACUUUAGAGGAAAUGGGCAUCGACUCAAAUAAUAUUACAGAAAGCUUCAUUUCGCGUUGCAUUGCUGCUCAGUCGUUUGCGGACUACCUCACCGAAUCUGAUACUGAUAUCGAAAACUCAACUCUCCCUCCCAGUAGACGUUGGCUAUGGUAUUGCAAGCUUCCCGAUUGCCCAAAAUACUAUUCGGCCUGGACUUGCAAAACCAAUUUCCUUCUUCACCUCUACGAGACACCAAUUCAUCGCGAGGAUGGCAAUACAAAGACGCGCGAAGAUCGACGUACACUAGCAAGAAGCUGGAGGGAGGAAACUGCGUACGAUCUCAGUGAGCCAAAAAAAUCACCACCACAACAUGAUGAUUAUCAAAAUGGAAACAAAUGA